AUGAAGAACAUGGGUUCUGAUAUCCAACCAUUGGUUGUGUUUGUGGUAAUUGCAUUGGUGACAUUAAUCAUCCCUACCAAUGCAAACCUCUCUCCCCAUUUCUAUGAUAAAGAUUGCCCUCAGGCAUUGCCACUCAUAAGGUCAGUGGUUCAACGAGCAAUUAACCGUGAACCACGCGUCGGAGCAUCUCUUCUGCGUUUGCAUUUCCAUGACUGCUUCGUAAAUGGGUGUGAUGGAUCAGUUUUGCUAGAUGACACCACAAACUUCGUUGGCGAGAAGACGGCAUUUCCAAAUAAUAAUUCUAUCAGAGGAUUUUCCGUGGUUGAUGAAAUCAAAGCAGAGGUUGACAAGGCCUGCAAACGCCAUGUGGUGUCAUGUGCAGAUAUCUUAGCCAUAGCAGCUCGUGAUUCCGUAGCCAUUUAUGGGGGUCAACCCUUUUGGUACCAAGUGUUGUUGGGUAGAAGAGAUGCAAGGACUGCAAGCAGGGCAGCUGCAAAUUCCAAUCUUCCUCCUCCAACCUUCAGCUUCUCUCAACUUGUUUCCAACUUCAAGUCUCACGGAUUGAACGUCAGGGACCUUGUGGCCCUCUCUGGAGGCCACACCAUUGGCUUUGCAAGGUGCACAAACUUCAGAAACAGAAUCUACAACGAAUCCAACAUUGACCCCAGGUUUGCAGCAUCUUUGAGGAAUAUAUGUCCUCGACGUGGAGGAGACAACAACCUAGAAAAAUUGGAUGCUAGUCCUGCAAGAGUUGACACCACAUACUUCACAGAUUUGCUGCACAAAAAGGGUCUCCUCCAUUCUGAUCAAGAACUCUUCAAGGGACAAGGCAGUGAAAGUGACAAGUUGGUGCAGCUGUACAGUAGAAGUCCUUUAGCUUUUGCUAGAGACUUCAAAGCUUCAAUGAUCAAAAUGGGAAACUUGAAGCCUCUUACUGGGAAUCAGGGAGAGAUCAGAUGCCAUUGCAGAAGGGUCAAUUAG